AUGCGCCUCACCCCGCGCCUGCUGCUACAGAUCCAACAACUCUCCUCCUCCAACCGCGCCCUCCCCAUCCUGGAGAUCUACCAACCCCCAACCCUGGGGAAACAUCUCCCCCACUGUCCCCGGAAACUGCACUCGCGCGAUCUGUACGUCCUGCAGAGUGACGCGUACACGAAUCUGCCGUCCGCAGGCACAGCAUCACACCAAGAAGGAGGGAAAAAACAGGACCCAUCGUCCUCUGUCGCAGUCGCAGGGGUCAUCUACACAAAUCCAUCAUCGGCGGACAAAUUAGUCGAGAUAUUUAUCCCGUCUACCUCGCAGACUUGGUCUAUUACCCGCACACCAGCGAAUGCUACUGCUGCUCCUGCCUCAAACUACAAAUUCACCCUCACACCACCCAAAAAUACCACCGACUCACCCACACCCACACCCACAACCGCAAACCCGCUUACGUUGGAAUGGAAAAAACGCACCCGCUCCCGCACCCGCUCCUCGACCGCUCGAUCGAGCCUCAAGUCCGCGUCCGGAUCCACAUCCACAUCCACAUCCACAUCCACCGACGUCUCCGACGCCAACCAGAAUCAGCACGCGGGCGAAUCCGAGGAGCGGUUCGUGUUGAGCGUGAGCGGGGCGGCCAUGGGUAGUGGUAGUGGUGGUGUUUCGUCGCGACCGACGACGACGACGGUGUUGGCGGGGUUGGAGAGGAAAGGGGUCAGGGUGGGCGGGUGGGAUGCGAGACAGGUGAGGGUGUUGGAGGAGGUGCUGGGAGGGGGGGCAUGGAAGGGGUGCAUAAUUUGA